AAACAUAUUUUAGCUUCGCAACCAAGAAAAGCACAACUUUGAAUUUUAUAAAUAAAAGGAGGACAAGGAGAAUAAAAGAAAGAACAAGUUUUUGUUUUCAAUAGCAGUGUUUUCAAUAGCAGAAAACUUUCAAAGGAAAAAUGAAGCUAGUUUGGUCCCCUGAAACAGCAUCAAAAGCCUACAUCGAUACCGUGAAAUCUUGCGAGAUUUUUCAUGAAUCUGGUGUUGCAGAGCUUGCUUCAGCCAUGGCAGCCGGUUGGAAUGCCAAGUUCAUUGUUGAAACAUGGUCACAAGGAGGACCUCUUGCUAUGAGCACUGGGUUAGCCGUAGCGAGCCACCACACAAAUGGACGCCAUGCGUGCAUAGUCCCAGAUGAGAGAUCAAGGUUGGAAUACGAAACGGCCAUGAAAGAGGCAGGGAUGUCGCCGGAAGUGAUUGUUGGUGAGCCGGAAGAUGUAAUGGAUAAGGUCGCCGGAAUAGAUUUCUUGGUGGUGGAUUGCAAGAGAAAGGACUUCGCUAGGGUGUUGAGGUUGGCUAAGCUAAGCAAUAGAGGUGCUGUUUUGGUUUGCAAGAAUGCUAGCUCAAAAACUGCUUUUGGGUUCAGAUGGAGAAGUGUCGUCGACGAUGGCGGCUCUCGGAGACUGGUACGGUCGGUGUUUUUGCCGGUGGGGAAGGGAUUGGAUAUUGCACAUGUUGGAAGCAACGGAGGGAGUUCGAGUUCUGGCAAAGGGGAAGGGAAAUGGAUCAGACAUGUUGAUCGACAAUCAGGAGAAGAACAUGUUAUUAGAAAGUAGUCUCACAAAGAAUGAAAUUUUAGAAGGAAAAAAAAAUAGUUCCAUGUACAGAAUUUUUAUUAGAUUAAUGGUUUUUUUCUUGCUUUUGCAGACCCAUUUGUUAAAAAACUCCACCCCAAAAAUCAAAAAACUUUCUGAUUGUUAACCAAUGGAAUUAGGAUAUACUUUUUCUUUUAGGCAUGUAAUCCAAGGGGCAGAGGAAAGAAAGAAAGAUCAUAUUAAUUGUUAGAUAUUAUUAUAUUUUUACCCAA